ACCCAAUGGAUGCCAGAUCUACUCUAAACCAGAGACGACGUGCAUCUGAGAGAGAUGAACCUUCCAUGAAGAAUCCAUAUAGAGAUGACAGAUAUGACAAAACAGAUGAUAGAUAUAACCGUAGAGAUGACCGACGAGAUGAUAGAUAUGAUCGUAAAGAUGAUAGAAGAGAUGACCACAAAGAUGAUGAUCCUAAGCGUAAGGACAUCAAAUCAAGAGUUGGCAUCCGCAGGGGUUCGUCACCACCAGAUUUCUCACAGAGACCAAACAAAGACAAGCCAUACGAACCAUGGCUGACAAACCCUGAGAUGGUCCCAAAAAAGGACCAAUAUUAUGAGCAUGAUAAUAGAGAAAGCAGAGGAGGUCGUGGUGGCUUCAGAGGUGGAUUCAGGGGCCGUGGAAGGUCAUUUGGCCUUGUGAGACGUGGAGGCGGAUACUGGUCUAGAAGCUCCAGCAACUUUACUAGAUCUAGGUCUAGAUCUGCAUCUCCUAGGUCAUACAGGGGAAGGGGAAGAGGGCGCAGUAUACGCUCUGCAGCAGAUAGUACAUGGAGACACGAUAAGUUCCAGGAUGUUGAAGACGAACCCUCUAGCACAACUGAAGAUAACAAAGAGGAGAAGUCUGUUACUGACAAAGCCGAUAAACAGAGUAAGAAGGAGCAUAAACACAAAAGCCACAAGAAGAAGAAAACCCGGUCCAAAUCAGAGGAUAAAGAAAGUAAAGACACAAAAACUGAUGAUUCAAAAAGUGACCAAAAUAAAACAUCAUCUGGGGACAAUAAGCAGGAUUCUAAUGAUAACGCUAUAUCCAAAGAUAAUGCUAAAGCCCCUGGUGACAAAAAAGAGGACACCAACAAGACUGUUACCGAACAAUUUGAUGACAUGGCUGCCUUAGAACCACAGCCUCUUAAUGCCAUGAUUUCUUAGAAAAUCAUACUGAAUUAUUGAUUAAUAUUUUGAUCAGGUAUUGGAUAGUGAACAAUUGUCUAGGUAUUAUGCUAUUUGUAUCUCACUCUCAGACAUCAUAUUGUAUGUAUAUCCAGUGAUCUCCACAGGAUUUGUUCUCAAAUGGGUGCAAAAUUCUCAUUUUCACAAUUCAGAUCAAAAUUACUCAAAAUAUGCCUAUUUUUCAUGAUUUUU